AUGCAAUCGUUCAUUAUUUUUGUCAUCGUUCUUGGUUUUAUUUCUCCUUGUCUAUGUACGAGGUUGAAUGUUGGAACCAAAGGUUCUAAUAAUAGUGUGAUGGAUAAUGGUGCAAUUGGCGAUGGAAAGUCAGAUGAUACACAAGCAUUUGCAACUACAUGGAGUAAUGUGUGCAAAACAGGAGGGAUACUAGUUAUACCGGAAGAAAAAUCAUUCUUGGUGACAAAAUUACACUUUAGCGGUCCUUGCCCUGGCAAAAUUCACAUUCAGUUUGAUGGGCAAAUAGUUGCACCACCUAAAGAAACAUGGAAAUCUGGGGAAAGUUUGAUUUCCAUUGAAAAUUUGAAAGGACUCACAAUUGAUGGCAAUGGCCAAGGAGGAGCCGAUGGAGAUGGUUCAACAUGGUGGCAAUGUAAUGGUUGUCAACGACCUGGGAUCUUUCAUUUUCAUAAUUGCCAAGAUCUUAGUGUUAGUAACAUAAAAAUAACUAAUAGCCCAAGAAAUCAUAUAUCAAUUAAUAAGUGCAGUGGUGCAACAUUUUCUCAUAUAUUCAUUGAUUCUCCUCAAACUAGCCCCAACACCGAUGGCAUUGACAUUUCUUUUUCUAGUAAUAUCUUGAUAGAAGAUUCCAACAUAAAAUCUGGUGAUGAUUGUAUUGCCAUCAACGGUGGAUCCUCUAUUAUAAAUGCUACUAGGGUUACUUGCGGACCAGGACAUGGGAUAAGUGUUGGCAGCCUUGGUAAAGUAAGAGCUGAUGAUCAAGUUUCUGAUGUUUAUGUGCGGAAUUGCACCUUCAUCGGAACUUCAAAUGGAGGAAGAAUCAAGACAACUCCGGGUGGUUCGGGUUAUGCAAAACGUAUUACUUUUGAAGACAUCAUUCUAGAUAAUGUUAAGAACCCAAUAAUUAUAGAUCAACGUUAUAAUAAAUAUUUGGAGCUGGAUACAGAUGUUUCGAUAAGUGAUGUAACAUAUCGAGGAUUUGAUGGAACUUGUGAGGGUAACACGGCUAUUGAUUUAGAUUGUAGUCCCGAUGGUUGUCAUAAUAUUAUAUUGGAUCAAAUCAACAUUGAAUCAAAUCAACCGGGAAAGAAACUUUCAGUUAUUUGUAACAAUGCAUAUGGAACUGCUACAAAUACUAAUCCAACUGUCUCUUGCCUACUUUCUUAA